AUGCGGGUGGUCCAUUCUCCAUUAUUAUGGCUGACGUUAGCUGCAGUUGUGUCGGUAGUGGUGAAAGCACAAAUGGAAUGUAUCAAAUACCUCAGUAGUGCAGAGGGAUUAUUUAAGAAGCCUUUCUAUAUGAAGUCCCAUUAUCAAAACUCUGUAAUCACCAAUGUGACAUUAAUUGAACGUCAUUCAUACUACAAGUGUGAACCAGCGGAGGAUAAGUAUGGAAUAGACAGCAGUGGGCAGGAAUGGUGGGUGUUCAGGGGAUGUGGCGGAGUGUUCGACAUUGAGGAAUGUUCUCAAGGAAGCCCUCUUCAACUCAAGGUCAAAGAAGACAUACCUGCUGAACAGAGGGAGAUGGAAAAGAAAACCAUGCAGGAAUUUGGAGUUUCACAGACAAGUGCCGAGAUAAAGGAAUAUGAGGGAACUGACCAACUUUUGAAUCUUCAAGACGGAGAUGAAUAG